GCGCCAGUUCUCUACGUUUGUUUCUUGAGGAAGUUGAGGAACGUACUGCUGAAUGGCAUUCAUGGGAAGUGUACGUUUGAAAAGUUGUUAAACUCAAAAAUGAAAAUGGCGUUUGGAUGCACGGAUUUUGUGAAGAUGAAAAAAGAAUUAACACGAGACAAGAGCGGUUCAUAAUUAUAUAAUUACUGCUAGAAAAGUGUGCCAAACCGAUUUCAUGUGCAGUGUCACUGAAAGAACUCAACAAUCCUAAUGCAAACCUGAUGGUCAUAGACCCUGAUUACAUAUAUCACCCUGUCCUUACAGAGUAUCCCCCAGGAAGGUCUGCUCAGGUCUUCGAAGAUUUUGAAAAAAUGCCGCAUGUCACACGGAAAUGGGAAUUAUUUCCUGGAAGGAAUCGCUUUCAUUGUGAUGGGCGUAUAAUGAUGGCCCCACAAACUGGUGUAUUUUACGUGACUGUUGGCCUUAUAGUGGGGACGAGUGGCCUCUUCUUUGCAUUUGAUUGCCCAUAUCUAGCAGUUCGUAUUACGCCUGCCAUUCCAGUAAUUGGGGGAUUGCUGUUUAUGUUCGUCAUGUCAGCAUUACUAAGAACCAGCUUUAGUGACCCUGGUGUCAUUCCAAGGGCUACACCAGAUGAAGCUGCAUACACUGAGAAACAAAUAGAAGUUCCGAACAGUGCCAACUCUCCCACGUAUCGCCCACCACCAAGGACGAAGGAGGUCUUGGUCCGAGGUCAAUCAGUUAAACUCAAAUAUUGCUUUACAUGUAAGAUAUUCCGACCACCACGAGCAUCCCACUGUAGUCUGUGUGAUAACUGUGUUGAGCGAUUUGACCAUCACUGUCCAUGGGUAGGCAACUGUGUUGGCAAGAGAAAUUAUCGAUACUUCUAUAUGUUCAUCGUAUCACUAGCUUUCUUGUGUGUGUUUAUCUUCGCAUGUGCAGUCACCCAUCUCAUUCUUCUUACAAGAGAAGACCACCCAUUUCUAGAAGCCGUGAAAGACUCUCCACCAAGUGUGAUCGUUGGAGUUGUGUGUUUCUUCAGUGUGUGGAGUGUUUUGGGACUUGCUGGUUUUCACACUUACCUUACCACAUCAAACCAAACCACUAAUGAGGAUAUCAAAGGUUCAUUCAGCAGUAAACGUGGCCAAGAAAGUUUUAAUCCUUAUAGCCAAGGGAAUGUCUGCUCCAAUUGUUUCUAUGUGUUAUGUGGACCAGUACCCCCAAGUCUUAUUGAUCGAAGAGGUAUUGUUACUCCGGAGUUUGCAGCUGAGCAAGCUAGGGCUGCGGAAGACCGGGAUGCAGUGAUCACAAAUAAUAAGACAUAUGGAACUGUCAAAACUGUGCAGCCAGUGAAUGGCGUAAGUCAGACUGGGAGUCUAGCCAGUGAGGCGUCUGGCUCCACACACAACUUGGUUCCUGUUAAUCUACAACAGCAGCAGCAAGUGGUACAGCCACAGUUGCAACAACCUCACAGUAGCCACAGUAACAGCAGUCUCCUUCUGAACCAGGCCAUGAUGGCACCUUCGCUUGACGGUAGCAAUUCAGGUAGUGUGUCACAACUUGUAAUGAAUGUGGCCAAUGCUGGCACCAAUCCUGCUGUUCCAACAGACAGUGACGAUGUCAUUUUAACGGUGACAGGUGGCAGUGGUGAAGGUGGGGUUGGGGAGAGUUGCUCACCCACCGAAAUGACAGACUUGGACCUCACAGAGGUGGUGAUGUGUGAUGCAAACAUUGUUGUGCCCCUAAGUGCCAGCAGAUUGCGCUUGCUUCAGGACACCACCAUGAUUGAGUCUGCGUUGGACUUGGAUUCACUGGAAGAAUCGUCUGUGGGUGCGGGUAGUCAGGCUGGGCUCCUGAAACUGAGUGCAGUGUGACGACGGAGUGGUGUAUGGGUGUAAAGCAGUAGCAGAUUGGUUUGGUGUAGUUUGUUAUAGAGAAUGACUGUUUAGUAACAUAAACCAUUGCAAGGCAUUAAACAUGUCCAUGUCAUGCCAUAUUGCAAAAAAGCAAACACUUUUUUUAUUCAGGAUUCAGGGAUGGAAAAUAGGGAUGUGGCAUAUGUGGGAUAAGAGCUUUAUAUUGGAAAGAAAAAGUCUCUCUUGCUUUUGUGUAUUUUUAAAAUUGCUUUCUGUUUUUGCUAUAGUUACUGUUACUGCAUAGACAUCCAAAUUCAUAUUUGAAAAGGGGCAGAAGCAGUGUAGUGUAUCGGAAAGGGAAGGUGUGUCUUCGAUAAUGUUAAUUUUCAUGAAGGAUUGUCUUCUAUUUUUAACAUUUUCAUAAAUUUUUUUUAAUUGUUACCAUUUUUAAUUUCUGAUGUCUGUUUCCACAUCAUUGCCUUUGCGAUUUACUGCCUGUUCUGACUCCAAGUGCAGAAUGUGUAUUUAAUAUUCAAUUUAAGCUGAGAGUUUCAGAUGAGCAUUGAAAUAUGCAGAGUUCUGGCUAUAUUACAGAUUGGUCUUUCCUUCUCUUUUGUGGUCUUUCUGGAUCUCUUGAUUGUUGGCUUAUGUUUAAAAGGGAUUUUUGGGAUUUACCCAUAUUUUAUCCUUUUUGCAUGUUCUAACCAUGUUGUUUUGUAAAAUUUUAUUUUUGUAAUAAUGUCUGUUAUGUGUAACUCUGUCAUAUCUUUAUGUCUUUUUCAUUUGGGCAGUAUUCUUCUACCAUUCUCAAGAAAUACAUUUCGGGUGCUUUUGUUUCAUUCAUAUUUAUUGGAAUCCAUAUGAUAUUCUAAAUAAUUCACUUUCAGUGUUUGUUCUAUCAUUUGAUUGUUUAAUAUCAUUUUAUGUCUUUUGCUAUCCUUUUCUUCGAUUGCAAGGUCCUUUGUUUUAUCAGUGCUGAUGUGUCAGUGAUCUCUGAGCUUGAACAUACACAACAAGGGAUGAAAAUAUCUUAUAUCAUUUAUCAGUUCUUAAAAGGUUAUCAAUACUUAUUUGCCUGUCAGACAAAUUGACAGAUGGAAAUUAUCCUUGCGGUAUAUUACAGGUGUCUGUAAUGUGAGAGGGUAAGAGAUGUCAUACAUGGUUAUCCAUAGUUAACUUCUUCUGUAACCUGACAUAGACAGUUUUGUGUCUGAAAUGAACAGUGCAUGUGCAUUCACUUAAAUUAUUAGAUAUUAUCUGGAAAAUGUGAUUUCGUUUAUAUAGGGUUGAAGUUUCGUAAAGGAUCUAGUAUUGUAUGUUUUUCAUAGUCUUUCAGUUUUUGUUAUGGGUCAUGUGUUAAUUAAAUUUAUCAAAUAUUGUUACAAGAAAGGCUUGAAACUAGUGCAUGAAGCACAGUUUCAGGAAUACUAUUGUCACGUGUUGGGUAUGUCAUACCACAAAUACCACAAAUAACUUCACGUGGGUCUCGGAUUCAGCGAAUAUUUAUUGAACACUCGCACUUAUACACCUUACAAUUAUUACCGCUUGUAGUAUCACUUGGCUUUUGGCCCAAUACCCCAAUGUGACGUCUUGACUAUCCUUGGCCAUGGUUGGAUCUCAACUGUCUUCGGUGACGGCUAUCCCAAUACUGUCUCGGCGAAUGCAUUACCUUGUUAUAUAUCCGUGGCUGUUGCUACGCAGUGAACCUUCUGUUGUCUAUCACCGGAAAAACGCUGCUUCAUUGAUUCUGCAAUUCCUACCCAAUAAGUCUUCGGUUAUUCAUCUCCGUGGAGAUUCGGCAUUCUCUACACACCGGCUCACUGUUAGAAUUACAAUACUGCUAUUGUUACUUCCUAUGCAACGGUCUGUUCUAGCGUUUCCAUGGAAGUAAC